CUUGCCGCUUUUCGCUGUUGGUGUCGUUGGUAUCUUGUCAUCGCUGGUGCCUUGUAGUCACUGGUGUCUUGUCAUCGCUAGUGUCGUCAUUGGUGUCAUUGUCAUCACUAGUGUUGUUGUCGUCGUUGGUUUGGUGCCGCCAUUAGAUUUCGAUUUCUCCAGUGUUCUUGUGAACUUACGUGUUUCUCCGGCAUUUUUGUGGAAUGGCUUUGUAUUCUUUUCUGGUGUUUUUAUAAGUGGUAUUUUUUCUUCAUAUGGGGCUUGUCUUGUCUUCGUUGGAUUUGGGAAUUGCGCGGACGUAGCUCUUG